CUGAGGCUGGUGAUAUAACGCGGACAGAGAAAAACCUUUCCUGUAAUUUUCUGACGCUGCUCAACUCAUGGAAAUGUGUUCUUUCCUUAGUUAGUUUGAAAAAGAUGGUGUUGCUAGGAAGGUCCAAAGAUUGGCAGUCAUAGAUUCCAGUUGAUUAAGUGCCAGGUCUUGUGUCUUUCCGUUGAACAUCACUUGAUUUACUGAAUGCAGAAUACUACAAAUGAAAUCUUCAGAAUUAUGCAAGAUUGUUGCCAUAAUAAUCCUGGUGGCAUUUCUGUUGGCAGCGAUUGGAGUAACCAUUUUCCUUCUCAUAUAUUUUUUGGUUCUGCAUGGAAACGGUACAACCAGUCAAUAUUAUAAGGGAACAUUCAAAAUUACAAACCAGAAUUAUGACCGCAGUUAUGGAGUGCCAACAUCAGCAAACUUCAGUAUUCUGGCUGCAAGAAUUAAAACCGAGCUAGUAUCCCUCUAUGGUAAAACAGAACUGGAAAAGCAAGGAUUUACACUUUCAAUUGUGAAGUUCAGAAACGGUAGCAUCAUAACUGAAUUUGUGGUCAAUGCCACUGUGAAUGACCCAGCUAAACAAUUCACAAGUCUUCUGAUAAAUACACUCUCUCAAAAUAGUCAAGACAGUACAGCAUACCUAGGACAAUUUCAGAUAGAUCUACAAUCAGUUCAGGCAGCUGAAAUCAGCAAGGAUACUGCAGCCACUUUAAUUAACCAAGUGCCUGAUGUGACAACACUUGCAAUGCCUGAUGUGACAACACCUGCAACUGCUGUUUUCUCCACCACCACCACCACGGUUCAAGGAAUGAACACAACUACUCUCUUCUCCACCAACACCACAAUUCAGCGAAUGAACACAACUGCUUUUUUCUCCAUCACCAAAACCACCAGUACCAAAGUUCCAAGAAUGAGCACACCUGCUCUUUUCUCCACCAUCACCACAACGGUUCAAAGAAUGAACACAACUGCUUUUUUCUCCAUCACCAAAACCACCAGUACCAAAGUUCCAAGAAUGAGCACACCUGCUCUUUUCUCCACCAUCACCACAACGGUUCAAAGAAUGAACACAACUGCUUUUUUCUCCAUCACCAAAACCACCAGUACCAAAGUUCCAAGAAUGAGCACACCUGCUCUUUUUUCCACCACCACCGCAACGGUUCAAGGAAUCAACACAACAGCUCUUUUCUCCAGUACCACCGACACGAUUCAAGAAAUGAACACAACUUGUGGAAAAAGAAGUCUUACGUUCUCUAGCAAGAUUGUAGGAGGAACAGCAGCAAUGAGUGGGGAAUGGCCUUGGCAAGUUAGCCUUCAUCUCACGUCCCAUGUAUGUGGUGCUUCCAUUAUCAGCAAUAACUGGCUUGUCACCGCAGCUCACUGCUUUCAAAAUCACAAACUUCCUACUUCAUGGACUGCAUACAUGGGAUCAACUUAUGUAAACAGUGGCAUAACGAGGAGCAUCAGCAAAAUCAUCACACAUGAAUUGUAUAAUCCCAAAACAGAAGAUUAUGAUGUUGCCGUGAUGCAGCUUUCCAGCCCAAUCACAUACGAUGACUAUAUCCAGCCUAUAUGUCUUCCAUCAUCUACAACUUAUUUUGCUCCAGGUUUAAACUGCACUGUAACUGGAUGGGGUACACUCACAUCAGGAGGUUUAGUUUCUUAUACUCUUCAGAAGGCAGUUAUUCCAAUCAUUAGUUCUACUACCUGCUUGCAGCCAGCUGUGUACCAAGGACAAAUAACGGGCAGAAUGAUAUGUGCUGGAUACCUUCAGGGAGGAAUUGAUUCCUGCCAGGGCGACUCUGGAGGACCACUGGUAUGCCCAACUUCAAGUGGACAGUGGCUUCUUGCUGGAAUAGUCAGCUGGGGUGAUCUCUGUGCUCUUGCAAAUAAACCUGGAGUCUAUUCACGUGUCACAGUGCUCAGUGACUGGAUCAAAACACAAACUGGACUUGCUUAAGUGCUGCUGUGGUUGUGUAGUACAGAGAGGUUGUAAGUGUUGCUCUGCAGAUGAAACUCAUACAGCUGAAAUGUGAGCAGAUACAGUGUUGCAUGAUCAGAGUGUAUGUUCUUCUUCGGAAUGAAAAAUGUGCAGUAUAUAGUUCUACUGCGUACUAAUUCUUGUCAUAAUGGACUAUUUCAGACCACAUACAGUGGUAUCUAAAGCCAUAAGAAUCCAAAACAAUGAUAUGUCUAUCCCAGAUUAGUAUUUUUUCAAGCAAAUAAAACUGUCUUUUCACCUAUGGGUUUCAUCAAAGUAUAUUUGUGAAAUGCAUUAAUUAUCUGCUUAGUCCUGUAACUUUUAACUAAGCUGCAGACAUCAAUUGCUUAAAUGGAAAUUCUCCAUUACAUAUUUCGCUCAAUUUGUAAAUACCCAGACAGUUAUAUUUCAAACACUGCACUGGAAGAAAUUGUCUCCCUUAUAAAUUCUGAGGCAUAGGCAUGUGUUAUGUAUAAGGAAAUUCAAGAUACCAAAUAUCUCUGGGAUUACAAAGACAGAAAAAUUCUAUGUUUGACAUCCAUCACAUAUAAUGUGCCUGGCAUUGACAUAACUUUCUGUUUCUGUUUUCCAUGCAAUAUCUUAUACCUUGUUUUCAUUAAAACAUAUAUAAUAUUCAUGCCUCAGUGUUGUGGUCAUUAGUAAAUAAGCAGUAUUUGUUAGGUAAAACAUUUUAAUUGCUUCCUAGUUUUUUAUUCACCCUUACAUUAUUUAAUUAUCAAGGUUUGUUUUAUGCAAUUCCCAAAUUCCACCAAUUGGCAUUGGUCUUUGCCUUGUGUGCUUUAUUUGCAUGUUUAUUUCUCUUUAAUAAAACAAAUACCUAAGAAAACUAUAAAUUCAAUGCAAAUGUGCAUAGUAAUGACAUUUUCUGUAAAACUAAAUGACCUGUAAGAAGAUCAAGUUGCCCUGCCUUCAGCUCAGUAAAAAUGGUCAAGAUUUUGCUGGAUGGCAACCAUCUUCAUAUGUUGUCAGUUAAGAAAUAUACUGAGGAGUGCAUGUUAAUCCUGUGAACUCUGAAACUACAUAUGACUGUGAGUGUUGUGUGACCUGCCCACAGCUGUAUAGACAAUAAACUAACUGAUAUUCUUGA